GUCACUUCCUUCGGGAUGAUCGUCGUCAUGCAGUAGUUUCUUGGUCACAUUGGCGAAGUCGAGCUUGCCACUUACGCACUCAUUAAAAGCAUUUUCGUUAGGUUCAUCAAUGGUAUUCUGAUUGGAAUGUCGAGUGUGACCGAAACACUAUGCGGGCAAGCAUUCGGAGCAGGACAAUACCACAUGAUGGGGAUAUACCUGCAACGCUCGUGGAUCGUCGAUGGCCUCACAGCGACUAUCGUACUCCCGGUGUUCUUUUUCACUACACCGAUCUUCAAACUACUCGGGCAGGAAGAGGAAAUCACAGAAGCAGCCGGGAGUAUAUCUCUAUGGUUUAUUCCCAUGCUUUACGAAAUGGUCUUUGCACUCACCAUGCAAAUGUUCCUCCAAGCUCAGCAAAAGAAUUUGAUCGUUGGGUGCCUAAGUGCAUUCUCCUUCACUCUUCACUUGUUAUUUUCAUGGAUCAUGGUGUACAAGCUUAACUGGGGUGUUGCUGGGGCAAUGGGCUCCUUGAAUGUAUGUAGUUGGCUAAUGGUUCUGGGCGAAUUUGUGUUCAUCUUCGGAGGGUGGUGCCCCAAUACAUGGGAAGGAUUCUCCAAGGCUGCCUUCUAUGAUCUCUGUCCUAUAAUAAAGCUCUCCAUGGCCUCUGGCCUCAUGAUUUGCUUAGAGUUGUGGUACACUGCCAUUCUUGUGUUGCUGGCUGGAUAUAUGAAAAAUGCAACCAUUGCCAUUGCAGCAUUCUCGAUAUGGUAAGUUAAUUCUUUAAU